AAAUAUAAAACCUUGUUUUGUUGAAAAGGUUUCAUUAAAUAAACCAAAAGAAAAUUUUACUAACAUUUUCUGAUAAUGAUGACUACAACUGCUCAUAACAUAAUGGCUCCUGUUAUGCGACCUCUGCAAGAAAGUGCUGUUUCACGACCGCGUGCUGUUUAUAGCAUUGAUCAAAUUUUGGGUACCCAAACGAAACGUAGCGAUUCAAGCGAGUCUUUAAGUCAUCAUCAACACCUGUCUACAUUACACAAUCAUAGCAACGGUAUUAACAAUAACAAUAGCAACAAUAAUAAUGGUAGUCAAAACAAUAACGCCGCCUCCUCUAAUACAUUACAACAAACGUUGGCCCCACACUUGCAUACACAUCUUCAUUUAAUACCUCAACAUCAAUUGGCCCUACAACAGCAUCAGAUGCAUCAUCAUCAUCAUCAUCAUCAACAGCAGCAAAAACUACAACAACUUCAGCAACAGCAGCAACAACAACAGCAUCAACAACAGCAACAACAGCAUGCUGAGAAACGUGAACGUGAUUGCGAUGAAUCGCCCACUACGCCAGACAAUGGUGUCGAUGUCGAUAAUACCGACGACGAUAUGUCCAAUAGUUUGAAUAACGGUCACGACAUGAAUGAUAUGGAACGGCCGCGUAAAGUAAGACGAUCACGCACCACCUUUACAACAUUUCAGUUGCAUCAAUUGGAGCGUGCAUUUGAAAAGACUCAAUAUCCGGAUGUUUUUACACGUGAAGAUUUAGCGAUGCGUUUGGAUUUAAGUGAAGCACGUGUCCAGGUUUGGUUUCAAAAUCGACGCGCGAAAUGGCGUAAACGAGAAAAAUUCAUGAAUCAAGAUAAGAAUGGUUAUCUGUUACCCGAACAAGGUUUAGCCGAUUUCCCUUUGGGCAUACCUCUGCCGCAUGCUUUGCCUGGGCAUCCAGCUGGUUUAACCGCCGAAUUUUGGCCGCCACAUUUUGCCUUACAUCAACCAUUCAAUCCAGCUUUACUGCCUCAAGGUCUUAUGCAUCACUACAAACUUCCCAACUUUCAUACUCUACUCUCCCAAUAUAUGGGUUUAAGUAAUUUGAACGGAAUUUUCAAUGCCGGUUAUCCACAAAAUCUUUCAAUGGCACCCAGUGCCGCCCAGGUCAGUCCACCCUGUAGUAAUAGUAGUCCGCGGGAAAGCCCACCCAUAGCACCAGGCUCAACAGUUCUAAGCGGUGGCUUAACAGUGAAUUCAUCAGCGGCCGCUUCACCGAAAAGUCCUACUGGUGCCACUUCAAGUACGGCUUCGUCGCCCGUAUCGGUCGUAACGAAAACUGAAGACUGA